AUGGGACAAAAAUCUCUGAUCUACAGCUUCGUUGCUCGAGGCACCGUGGUUCUCGCAGAGUACACUGAAUUCACGGGAAACUUCACGACUAUCGCCUCUCAAUGCCUCCAGAAGCUUCCUUCUUCCAAUAACAGAUUCACUUACAAUUGCGAUGGUCACACUUUCAAUUAUCUCGUCGAGAAUGGCUUCACCUAUUGUGUGGUGGCGGUUGAAUCUGCGGGAAGGCAGAUUCCCAUUGCGUUUCUUGAGCGCAUCAAAGAAGAAUUCUCCAAAAAGUAUGGCGGAGGUAAAGCAGCCACUGCUUCAGCUCGUGCCCUCAACAAAGAAUUUGGGCCUAAGUUAAAAGAGCAAAUGCAAUACUGUGUGGAUCAUCCUGAAGAGAUUAGCAAACUUGCCAAAGUGAAGGCUCAAGUUUCUGAAGUCAAGGGUGUCAUGAUGGAGAACAUUGAGAAGGUUCUUGAUCGUGGAGAGAAGAUUGAAUUGCUAGUGGAUAAGACUGAAAACCUCCGUUCACAGGCACAGGAUUUUAAAACGCAGGGCACAAAGGUGAAGAGGAAAAUGUGGAUUCAGAACAUGAAGAUGAAGUUGAUUGUUUUUGGUAUUGUGAUUGCCUUAUUUUUGAUCAUUUUUAUGUCUGUUUGUCGUGGCUUCAGCUGCAUAAGUUGAUCCUACUGGCUAGUUUUGCUUAUUGUUUCUUCCCCAACCAUCCCAUUCAGACCCAUUACAUUCAUUUUUGUCCCUUACACAUACGUUUGUGCUGCCGUUUAUUUGCAACUUCUGUGGAAUAUGAUCUUUUGUUGUUGGCUUUCUCUCUUCUUUUCUAUGGUAA